GAGAGCACUGCAGGCCCAUAUCAAGUGUGAGUAGUAGAGAGGUUUUGGCCUAGGCACUUAGCAUGAAAAACGUCAGCGCUGUAGGCCCGACAGCAUGGCAAUCCGCCUGCACAAUGCGGCGGAGCCUGCGGAGUUGCCUUCUUGCAAGACAGACACGAUUUGUGACCACGUAUCAGCAUCACAAAUUUCCAAAUGGCAAUGGCAAUGUCGGUGCAUCACAAAUUUCCUACGCUGGACAAUGGCAAUGUCGGUGCGGUUGUUUUAGCAUCACAAAUUUCC